AUGCGCAAGUCUCUACGCAGUGCUCGCAGAACCGCCAUCAACCCCGUCGCAGUUCGGGACCUUCUCAUUCGUUGUAGCUCAAGACCUCGAAGCGACAGUCGGAAACUGCCCCGCGAUGCUGCAGUCGGCGAUGGCAACGAUGAUCCUCGAGGCAACACCCAAAAGGAGCCUGCGCGCCGGACCUCGUCGCCUCGGCAGGCGUCGCUAGAGUCGCAAAUUCGGGAGUUCCUGCACGCCAAAAAGCCGAGAGAGCAAGGAGCGGGAAAAGAACCCCUCGAGCAGCUCCAAGCAGCCCAGGCGGCAGCAGCGGCAGCAGCUCUUGUCGCCCAGCCGUCCGCCCAGCCGGUGGCGAUGCACCUGGGAAUGUUUGAGAUCGGCAAGCCGCUCGGCAGGGGCAAGUUUGGGCGCGUGUACCUGGCGCGGGAGCGCGAGCACGGCUUCGUGUGCGCGCUCAAGGUCCUCCACAAGCGCGAGCUGCAGGACGCGCACGUCGAGAGGCAGGUGCAGCGCGAGAUUGAGAUCCAGAGCAACCUUCGGCACCCAAACAUAUUGAAAAUGUAUGGGCACUUUCACGACUCGAAGCGGAUCUUCAUCAUUCUGGAGUUUGCCGGCAAGGGAGAGCUGUACAAGCACCUGAGGAAGGAGACGAGGUUCCCCGAGUGGAGGGCGGCGCAGUGCAUUGCGCAAAUGGCGUCGGCGCUGCGGUAUCUGCACCGCAAGCACGUCAUGCAUCGCGACAUCAAGCCGGAAAAUAUCCUGGUGGGGUUUUAUGGCGAGAUCAAAAUCUCCGAUUUUGGCUGGAGUGUCCAUGCGCCCAGCGAUCGCCGAACGACGUUUUGCGGGACGCUGGACUAUCUGCCGCCAGAGAUGAUCAAGCCGCGCACGGCGGACAAGUCGUACGAUCAUAGGGUCGACCUGUGGGCGUUGGGGGUCUUGACGUAUGAGCUGCUGGUGGGCGAGGCGCCGUUUGAGGACACGCCUGCCAUGACGCACAAGAAGAUCACGCGCCGGGACAUGAAGGUCCCGUCGUUUGUGAGUCGGGAAGCGAGUGAUCUUAUUCUCAAGUUGCUCGUGGUGGAUCCCAAUAAGAGACUCCCGCUCGACAAAGUACUAGAUCACCCCUGGAUUGUCAAGCAUUGUAGGAACCAGAAGGCAUCAGACAGGUUACUGCCCUCGACCGGCAACACACCCCCAGAAGACUAA